UGGGAGCUGUAGUGCGGCGCGCGGAGCAUGCCGGGAGCUGGAGUACCCGGGCCCGCGCCUGCGCGCUGCGGUUGUCUCCACCCUCCCCCUCCCACGCCCGGCAGGAGCGUCGCGUCGCGAGAGGCCCCGAGCAGCCGGCGGCCGGCGCCGCGGGGAGGAGCCCGGGUUCUGCCGUCCCCCAGGCUGAUGCCCGUCCCGCCCCGCCAGCGCCUGGAAUGGAGUGAGUCUAUGAACCCCCUCCGGAUCAGCGUCGGUGGCCUUCCCGUCCUAGCUUCCAUGACUAAGGCUGCUGACCCCCGCUUCCGACUGCGCUGGAAGGCCAUUCUGGUGUCCUCGCUCAGCGUCGCCUUGGUGCUGCUCCUGCUCUGCUUUCACCGCUCGGCCACGGGGAGGCCGGCCCCGGCCAACGCCCACAACUGGCGGCUCAGUCUGCUGCCCGGGGACAGGUACAAUGACACCUACCCGCUGUCCCCGCCCCAGAGGAACUCGGAAGGGGUGCGCUACAGGAUUGGGGUCAUUGCCGACCUGGACACCGGCUCCAAGGGCCCGCAGGAGCACACCUGGUUCAGUUACCUGAAGAAGGGCUACCUGACCCUGUCGGCCAGCGGGGACAGAGUGACGGUGGAGUGGGACCGGGCCGACAGUCUGCUGGAGUCGCACCUGGCCGAAAAGGGGAGAGGCAUGGAGCUCUCGGAGCUGGUCGUCUUCAACGGGAAACUGUACGCAGUGGACGACCGGACGGGAGUGGUCUACCUGAUCGAGGGCACCACGGUGGUGCCCUGGGUGAUCCUAUCGGAUGGGGAUGGCACCGUGGGCAAAGGCUUUAAAGCAGAGUGGCUGGCGGUGAAGGACGAACACCUGUACGUCGGUGGCCUGGGGAAGGAGUGGACCACGACCACCGGGGAGGUGAUGAAUGAGAACCCCGAGUGGGUGAAGGUGGUCGGCUCCAAGGGGGACGUGGGCCAUGAGAACUGGGUUUCCAACUACAAGGCCCUGAGGGCAGCGGCUGGCAUCAGCCCCCCAGGUUACCUGAUCCACGAGUCGGCCGCCUGGAGCGAGACGCUGCAGCGCUGGUUCUUCCUGCCGCGCCGGGCUAGCCAGGAGCGCUACGACGAGAAGGCCGACGAGCACCGGGGCACCAACCUGCUGCUGCAGGCCACGCAGGACUUCGGCGACAUCGCCGUCAGCCACGUGGGGGCCGCGGUCCCGACCCACGGCUUCUCCUCCUUCAAGUUCAUCCCCGACACUGACGACCAGCUCAUCGUGGCCCUGAAAUCAGAGGAGGACGAUGGCAAGAUCGCCACCUACAUCAUGGCCUUCACGCUGGACGGGCGCUUCCUGCUGCCGGAGACCAGGAUCGGGGCCAUGAAAUACGAAGGGAUUGAGUUCAUUUAACAGGGACUCUGUCCUGGUGGGGACGCCCCGGGGUCAGGCCCGCGGGGCUUUGCCUGAGCUUAGUCGCCGUGGGGGGCGCGCUGCUCCUGAGCGGGGCAGGGCAGCUGGCCUGGAUGCCCGUGGGAGGUGGCUCCGGGGCUGGGUCCCAGCCUUCUGCAGUUACCAUGUUGAUGAGUUGCUGCAGCACAUGUGGCUUGAAUGUCUGGGCCCCGGCACCUGGUGGUGAAAGGCCAUCACUGCUCCUCUGCAGGGCUGCAAGCCCUUGUCCUGCACCCCAGGGCCCUUCCUUCGCAGGGUGCCCCACAGACCACUGGGUGCUAACGGGAGGUCUCCAGGGGCCUUAGCGAAGCCCCUUGGAAAGUGUUUCCUUCCUGCCCAGCCAGAGCAGUGGAAUUGCUCAGCAUCUCUGAGGCUGGCCUGUGAUUUCCCCUCCCACAGGCAGGGCCCUGCACUGCAGCCUGGUGCUCCCGCUGCUGCGUUACCCUGGAGUUUCCCUCCAGCACAAAGAGCCUUUGCGGUGCACAGCAGAGUUGGAGCAGCUCGUGCCAACAGGGCCGUGCCCAGUAGGCUGGUGUGUAGCAACCAGCCCCCAAGUGCUGCUCCUUUGCUGUGUGGCUGCAGCACGGCCUGGAAAGAGCCUGGAGCAGCCGGGGCGGAUGCGCCAGAAGGGAGCCAUGCUACAGGCCAGGCCAUUUAACAGAUUAAAUUAAGUGAAACGCCCCAAACUCCGUGCGAGGGUUUCACUCUGCUCUGUGCCAUGGGGCCUCCUGCUGGGGACCGCCAUCCUGGAGAAGUGGGGAUCCCUGCUGGGGAGUCCAGUUCCUUCCCUUACAGCCAGUGGCCAGGCAUCCCCUCUGAAUCCCCCUGCCCAGCCUGGCCCUUGUUCCCGGCAUCUCCCUCCCCGCUGGCCGAGGCAGGCACCAAGCUCGGCGGGUUAGGGCUCCGACUUGCAGCUCUCCGGGGGAUGGGAGCAGGCCAGCGCCUGGCCCUGCCCUUGGCCUGCUGCCACUCUCAUCUCCCUGCUCCUUUGCCCUGGGAAGGGGCUGGGACAGUGGCCUGGUCCUCCUGACACAAGCUGCUUCCCCGCCCCUCUGGCCCAAGGGGCCGUCCCUAGGUACUCUGGCCUUUCCUCUUCAGAUUUCUCUGGGGUCCUGGCCUCUGUUGUGCCCCUGGGGAGGGCCCGGCCCCACUCUCUGCCUGGGCAGGGUAGGGAAAUGGCUAAGUGACUUUGAAUGGAGCCUUGUCCCUGCAUCUGCCCCAGAGGCCAGAAGUCCCUCUGCCCUGGCCCCUUAUGCCUGUGGCAGGGGGUCCCUCACCAAGGCCUGCCUGCGCCCCCCACCCCACACACCCCCAGGCAGGAAUCCACACCAGCUCUGGCCCAGGCCCCUGCCUGGUCCGUGCCCUGCUGGCUGACGGAUGCAGCAGUUGCACCUGGUUAGUGACCUGGAUGUGCUGCUUGGCUGCUGCAUCCGUCUGAUAAACCAGACUGUUCUGGGGUGAGCGUGUCGCCCUCCAGCGCUGGGUAGGGGGGCAGUGAAACGGGACAGUCCCAACCACCGAGGCAUGCAGCUUUCCAGCCAGCGGCGCAGUGCGGCCCGGCCCCUGGAACGCCUGGCAGAAUGGGAUUGGCCUCUUCCUGAGUCCUCCCCUGUCCUGGUGAGGCCCUGGCUGGGCGGCAGCUGGGCAGAUGUUGCUUUAUGAAUGGGUGCUGGCAGUAUUGCUGAAAGGGGCUCGCUGGCACGUCUCCAGCAGGGUUCCUGCACCCGGACAGCAGGUCCGUUCUGUAGGCAGCCUUCCCCUGGCUGGAGCCCCGAUAGCCUGUCCUGGGGGCUAGGGCCUGGCAAGCCCCUUCACACAUCUCGGGGUACAGUGCAGGGAAAGGGGAACCUUUCAGCCCAGCACACGCAGGGUUCCCACUGGCACCAGGCGAGCGUCCCACACCCCCGUGAGCCGUCCCAGAGACGGGCAGGGUGGCACUCGGUCAGGAGACCUAGCAGCAGCUGUGGGGGCUCUGUCCUGGGGGCGGGAGAGCUGCUGCCCCUUCCCCUGUCUUGUCCCGUGCCCAGGGGUGCUCAGGCCCUGACUGGAGGUGGGGAAAGCGCCUGGCCUGUUCUAGCAGAGACCGGCUCCCCUUCCCUGUGGCAGGCUGGGCUGACCUGACUCAGGCCUUGGCUCUGUUCCCUGGGGAGGGCCGCAGAGGCUCUAGGUCAGGGUAGUCAGUUAUUUUUGUCAAGGUCCAGAUGUGAGAGAGACUGUUCACACCACACUAGCACUAACAAGGGAAUAAACAGAGUUUUGCCGUCUGUUCAGAAGCGUCAGGCGGUCCAGCUGUGGCCUGUGCUCUGCCUGUUGACUGCUCCUGCUCUAGGUCCUGCAGCUUCUCUCCUCUCCGGGGGGCUCCGCUGCAGGGGCUGGUGGGCCGGCCCUCUGCUCUCCUGAGGCCCCAUUCCCAGCAAGCUUGGAGCAGGACAGAUGGUUGAGUCCCUGCCCAGGGGCACCAGUGGGGUGCCAGCUCUGAACCCAGAGCGGGUUCUCUGGGGCCGAUGUCCUGCCGUGCUGGAAAACCAGCUUGCGUCAGUAGGUGGCAGCAUCCAUCUGCUGGCGACACGGGGCCUGGCCAACCCAGCGAUAAGUGCACGUGCAGUGUGUGUGCCGGCUUGCACUUUCAGAGGUCCGUGGUAGGGUUGGGCUGAGUGGGGGCCCUGCCGGCUGAAAGGAUCGCUUAGGGCUCUGUAUAGGCCAGUGGCUGAGAGCAGCUAGAAGCAGCCACUCCAGAGGAAGGUGCAAGCUCUCCAGUGGCAGGGAGUUCCCCAGGUUAUGCAUUGGAUCUGGAAGUGUGGCCUCUCGUCUGCCCGGUACUCGGAGCAGGCCCCAGAGCAGCGUGCUGCCUGCUGCCCUCCCUGUUUGACCUGGGUGGGGCUGGGGUCACAUGCACCCAGUGGCCAUGGUAGUGCUCCACUGUGCACAGCUAGCAUGCACCCAUCUGCCUGUGGAGCAAGCCUGGUUCAGGCCCCCGCAGGGGCUGUCCAAGGAAGUGGUGUCCCCUGGCACCCCAGCCUGUUGUGCAGGGGCUGGGACUGGAGAUGGGACACGGCUGGGGGAGCUCAGCAUGCUGGUAGUGGCAGAGUUGGGGGGGGCAGGAGGGUAGGCCCGUAGCCGCGGCAUCCCCCUCCGCCUGCCUUUCCGGCGGGAGUUCUCUCGCCUGCCUGCCAGGGAAGUUGUGAAAUCAGAGGCUGCAGGUCUGCAAGGCUUCCAGCAGGCGGGAUCCACGCUGGCUGCAGAGCCUGGCUGCAGCACACAGGCCGCGGGGCAGUCUCUCUCAGGGCCAGGGGGGGAUCAAAGGGGACCAAAGGCCAGUCCCUGGGGCUCCCCGGCCCUACCAGCUGUGGGCAGCAGGAGCCACCCUGCUGGGGGACUAGGAUUGUAGGUUGAAGUCAGGUCACAAGAGCAGCAUGUGCUGUCCCUGCAGCAGCAGGGCUGGCUGGGAAGCCAGAGCCGCAGCCCCAUGCCUGCGCCAUGCUGCUCUCCAGUCCUGUGCUGGCUCGGGGCAUGCGGGCAGCAGCUGCCUUGCAGAGCGGGUGCCCAAUGCUGGGGGAGGACUCUGGGAGGCUUGGCAGUAAAUGACUUACUAUGGGCAGCCCCCAGCACAGCCUGGAGGAGAGGGAGCCCCAGGCCUGCCUUGGUCAGGAACUAGGCCAGAGCCCCCCCACCCCCCUUACUGCCAGCACCCAUGUCCUGGGGACAGCUGGGUUCGGCGGGGUGGGGCUGGGAGGCUCAGGGCAAAUCCCCCCCAUCCCCAGCUGCCUGUUCCCCUCCCAUCGCUGGGCCAGUUCACACCCCCUUGUGGGGGGCAGCUACGGCACACUCAAAACAGCCAGCAGUGCUCCCCCCCCCCCCCCGGGACUGGAGCAGCCCUGGCGCAGGCACACAGCCCCCAGGGAGCAGGCUAGCGACGUGGGGCCAGCUGCAGCUCAUCCUGGCACCCGGCACCCAGAGUGUGAGCGUGGCCCAGUGGAGACCACAGGGACUGGAGAGCGCUAGGUAAACACUGCCCCCCCUCCCAUUACGAGCUGCUUCCCCCUAACCCCACAGCUGCCCUGUGUGUAUCUGGGGGGGGGCUGAGUGGGGGUGUCUGCUGCCCCCUGCUGGAGGGGACGAGCUCUCCCCCAUACAGUGUGGCUGUGGGUUUGAGUCCCUGGGAUACUCCCCAUUGCUUUCCAGGCCUUCUCUCCUGGGCUUGAUGGCCCAGUGGCAGCUGGAGGGGCUAGGCCAGGGGAGCCAAGGCCUCAGACCCCUUGGCAG